AUGUUACAUUUCGAUGAUAGACGAUUUCAGAACUAUUCCAAAAGGUAUUUCAAAAACAACCUACCGUAUAGCUUGACAGCUCGAAAUUACUGUAGAUGUGCAGUUGGGUUCACGUAAACACGAUAAAUUCCAGGUGUGUCGAAGAGGAUUCGCGAUGGGGGAAGAUGGUAAUUUCAUCACAGGCUGCGUUUCCGACAUCGCGACGAAUUUCUGCGAAUUCGUCGAGUGGUCGUCGACUCGGCGGAUCAUCUUAUCGCCAUCAUUCAUAUCAUAAUCAUCAUCAUCAUUCACAUUCGCACGAAUUGUCGCAAUCGUCGCAAAUUUCGAGUGUUGUUGCGACUUCGCAUCGAAUUGAUGUUCAAUUACAGCAGAAUCAGAAGAUGUUGAAUGAUAAAUCACAUCUCUAUAAAACUAUUUAUUGGGUGAGUUUGGGAGAAAGAAAAGUGUUUUUGGGAGAAAGAAAAGUGUUUUGGGAAAUAAAAGAACAUUUUUUUAUCAUUCAAUUCUGCUGCUGAGAUCUUAUUUAUCAAAAUUCAACUCGGAAACUCACAAAAAAUUAAUAAACUCAAAUAGUUGAAAAACGCUGGGAACACACAUACACCGCGACGCACAAUUACACACAUUUCUUGCCUACAGUAGUACAAUAGAAUGCUUUUCAAAUUUCUAAAGACUUCGACGAAAGUAUCCCGGGGAACAUGAAUGUUCAGUCUGAUUUUCUGAAAUUUUUCACGCACACACAAAAAUCACAUUUCAAAAACCUCAAAUUAUUUAGCGCCACCCAAAUCUGGCGAUAACUCGUGAAUGCAACAAUCAAGAGGAAUUUAUUGGCGAAUUCGUCUUCUACCCAGCCACAAAUUCCAAUGUAAUUGUCAAUUUUUUCACGGCUCUCGAUACUCCGCCACCCCAACAACAAAAGCUACGUUUUGCGCACACAGCACACACUCCACCCGAAUCAUCGAGACUAUUUUUGACGCCAAGUGAUUAUCUUCGAAAAAAUAUGGAGAUUUUAAUCAAGAAAAUUGAGGAUCUUCAAGUUGAACCUCGAUUACAAGAUGAAGAAGAUGAGAAAUUAUAA